AUGAGGCAGACUGUCCACCUGCAGCCCAUGGAGAUUAACAGUGAAGCAGAUAUCCACCUGCAGCCCAUGGAGGAUCCCACAGCGGAGCAGGUGGAUGCAACCAAAGGAGACUGUGACCUCGUGGGGAGCCUGUGCUGGAGCAGGUUCUUGGCAGGACCUAUGACCCUGUGGAGAGAGGAGCCCGCACUGGAGGAGAAUCCUACUCAAGUGGGAACUGCUCUUCAGGUUUUCCAUAACCUUGGGACUUUGAAGGAUACCAUUGCUAAUGUGGUGGACGGAUACUGCACAGUCCUGGAGGAGAACAUAAAAAAUGCUUUGGAUAUCAAAGUAUUGACCCAACCAUCUCUAGCUGUUACAAGAGGUGGCCCUGGUAGAGCUGCUAUGCCAACACCUGGGAACACAGCAGCUUUUCGAGCAGCCCUCUGGACAAACAUGGAGAAACUCAUGGAUCAGAUCUGUGCUGCUUGUGGACAGGUGCAGCAUUUGCAGAAAGUUUUGACCAAGAAAAGAGAUCCUGUGUCACAUGUCUGCUUCAUAGAGGAAAUAGUUAAGGAUGGCCAGUCUGAUAUUUUGUACAAAUUUUGGACUGCAGUAACUCAGACGCUUUCCUCUCAAUUUCAGUCAGCAACAGACUCCUCCAUGUUUUUGAAACAAGCUUUUGAAGGAGAAUACCCUAAAUUACUGAGGCUUUAUAAUGACUUGUGGAAGCGCCUGCAACAAUAUAGUCAAAAUACUCAGAGGAAUUUUAACACAGGUGGAACUACUGAUCUCUUUGCUGAACUACAGCAAAUGGAAGAAGAUACACAGGACAUAUUCAUGCAAAAAAACCAAGAUUAUGAUCCAGAAAAGGCCUUGAAAGAUUCACUGCAACAAUAUGAAGCUGCUUAUUUGUCAAAAUCCUUAUCUCGACUCUUUGACCCCAUCAAUCUUGUUUUCCCUCCUGGAGGUCGGAAUCCUCCUUCUUCUGAUGAACUUGACAGCAUCAUUAAAACUAUAGCCAGUGAGCUGAAUGUGGCUGCUGUUGAUCCAGACCUGAGCUUAGCUGUGGCAAAAAAUGUGGCAAAGACCAUUCAGCUCUACGGUGUAAAGUCUGAACAGCUUCUGUCUACUCAAGGAGAUGCCAGCCAGGUGAUUGGACCUCUCACAGAGGGACAGAGGAGGAACGUGGCUGUAGUUAAUUCGUUAUACAAACUGCACCAGUCGGUUCUGAAGGUCAUUACCAAUCAGAGCUCAUUUCCAGCAGCCGCUGAGCAAACAGUCACAACAGCCUUAAAGGCAGUCCAUGAUCUAAUGGGUAGUGCUGUUCAACCGUUACUGAACUCCGUAGGAGAUUCAGUAGAAGCUAUUAUCAUCACUAUGCACCAGGAAGAUUUUUCUGGAUCAUUAUCCAGCUCAGGAAAACCAGAUGUCCCUUGUUCUCUGUACAUGAAAGAACUACAGGGUUUUAUAGCAAGAGUCAUGAGCGACUACUUCAGACAUUUUGAGUGUUUUGACUUUGUCUUUGAUAACACUGAAGCCAUGGCUCGAAGAGCAAUUGAACUUUUCAUUCGCAAUGCCAGUCUAAUAAGGCCCCUCGGUGAAGGUGGGAAGAUGCGGCUCGCGGCAGAUUUUGCACAG